AUGGCGGCCGCGGCGGGAAGGUUGUUCCGGGCUUCGCUCGCCCGACGUGUGAGUGCCAUUCCUUGGGGCAUUUCAGCCUCUGCAGCCCUUAGGCCCGCUGCUUCUCGAAGAAUGUGCUUGACAAAUGCCUUGUGGUCUGGUUCUGAUCAAGCAAAAUUCGCCUUUAGCACCAGUUCCUCACACCAUGCCCCCGCCGUCACCCAGCAUGCACCCUAUUUUAAGGGCACGGCUGUUGUCAGCGGAGAGUUCAAAGAAAUUAGCCUUGAUGACUUUAAAGGGAAAUAUUUAGUGCUCUUCUUCUAUCCUUUGGAUUUCACCUUUGUGUGUCCUACAGAAAUUAUUGCUUUCAGUGACAAAGCCAAUGAAUUUCAUGAUGUGAACUGUGAAGUCGUUGCAGUGUCGGUGGAUUCCCACUUCAGCCACCUGGCCUGGAUAAACACGCCGAGGAAGAAUGGCGGUUUGGGCCAUAUGAACAUCGCACUCUUGUCAGAUUUGACCAAACAGAUUUCCCGAGACUACGGCGUGCUGUUAGAAGGUCCAGGCCUUGCGCUACGCGGUCUCUUCAUAAUUGACCCCAACGGAGUCAUCAAGCAUCUGAGCGUCAAUGAUCUCCCAGUGGGCCGAAGCGUGGAAGAGACCCUCCGCUUGGUGAAGGCGUUCCAGUUUGUGGAAACCCAUGGAGAAGUCUGCCCGGCCAACUGGACACCCGAGUCUCCUACAAUCAAGCCCCAUCCAACUGCUUCCAGAGAAUACUUUGAGAAGGUAAAUCAGUAG